GAUGGAGUCCUCCUGCACAGCGCGGCCGGAUUCCGGGAGCCAGCAGCCAGGUGAGACGUCUGGCUCGGGGCGCAAGGAGAAGCGCAAGGCGCGGAAGAAGAUCAAGCGCAAGAAAUGUCGGCAGCGGAUUGCCGAGGCGGAGAGGCUGCGAGAAGAGGUGCGGUUACAGGAUCCGGAAGAACUGCUCCGAAUCCGCAAGGCGCUGGAGCUGGAAGCGCAGCGGGAGGAAUUGGAGAGGAAAUUACACGAGGAGGAGGAAAGGCGCUGGUUGGAGAGAGAGCGGCAAGCGCAAGAGGAAUUCCAGCGCAGGGAACAAGAAAGAUUGUCAAAGCAAAAAGAAGUACCUUUGGAGAAGCAAGAAAAGGAAGAAGAAGAAGAUGGGGAAUAUGAAGAUGGUCCUGCCGAGAUCAUCUGGGAAGGAAAUGAGAUCACUAUCAGAAAAACUAGAGUUAAAGUAGGAGCCAAGGUGGAGAAGCCGGAAGUAAAUACUAAGGAGAGAAAAGAUGAUAGACCAACUCGCAAUCCUUCUCCUCCUCCGCGCUUAGCUUUACCUCGAAAACAAUCUUACGAUGGAAUCGAACAAGUUGCGAACUAUGGUACCGAGCAGGACAAAACCCACUGCCCCUUCCACACAAAAACUGGAGCUUGCAGAUUUGGACCUCGCUGCAGUCGACUUCAUGUGUAUCCAGAAAAGUCUUGCACCCUCCUUAUCAAGAACAUGUACACCGGGCCUGGAUUGGCUUGGGAACAUGAUGAAGGGUUGGAGUGCACGGAUGAGGAGAUUGAAGAGAAAUUCGAAGAGUUUUACGAAGACGUGCAUUCCGAGUUCUUGAAGUUCGGAGAGCUGGUGAAUUUUAAGGUGUGCCGAAAUUCUUCACCGCAUUUGCGUGGCAACGUAUAUGUGCAUUAUCAGUCCGAAGAGGACGCGGUUGCUGCGUGUCUUGCUUUGAGUGGAAGAUUUUACGCCAGUAAACAGAUGAUUCCUGAGUUUGUCCGGGUCUCAAAAUGGAAAGCGGCACUUUGCGGAGAGUAUAUGAAAGCGCAUCAGACGUGCUCCCGGGGCACAGCGUGCAAUUUCCUUCACUGCUUUAGAAACCCGGGUGGUGAGUACGAGUGGGCAGACCGGGAAGGUCCGCCGCCGAGGUCAUGGAAGCAGAAGAUGGCCAGUCUUUUCGGUCUCCAAGUUGAAGAGGUUGAGAGCAGGAGCAGGAGAGAUCACCAAAGACGGGACAAGGAGCAGCGUUCUGAUCAUCGCAGGCACUCGCACUCUAGUCGAGAGAAUGGAAGAAGGUAUGAUCAGGCGAGAGGAAGUUCGUACAGGUCGGAGCGAAGUCAUCACUCGGGUGAAAAUGAUAGAAAACACAGGAAACGGGAAGAGGAUGGAUCUGACAGGGAUAGGAAACGGUCGUGUCGAUCCGACAGGGGCAGCAGGAAUGGAUUAGAUUUGGAGAGGACCGAUGAUGAUGAUGGUGGCCGCUGGCUAGAUUGAUAGUGCUGUGCAUGGCAAACGUACGUGGCAAGCUGCAAGGACUUAAACUUUGGUUGGCGCGCGGUAAAUAGUCACAGUGGCCGUCGAUUUAGAAUCGGAUGGGCGGCUUGUAGGAGAGGCUGGGUUAUGGUGGGUUAGAAAAGGAGGAGAUCGUAGCCGAAAAGCAUAGGGUAUAUAAAAGCAUGAAGGUUUUUUCCA